AUGUCAGGCCAAAGGAAGUGUCCAAACUGUGGCUCUUCGGGAAUAGUAGAGGAUUCGCACUAUGGUCAGAACCAGCUGGUGUGUGUCGACUGCGGCAUCAUUCUGACUGAAGGACUCCUCACCACCACUUACACUGAUGAAGCACAUUUUCAAGCGGUGACUUAUUCACGAAGCACUGGUCAAAGUGAACAGCAGACCCGAUGUCUGCUAAGAGGGUCUGGGCGUGUCCGGGACCUCUGUGAAGUUCUCCGCCUUCCCUCCCUGUUCAAAGAUACAGCCGUGGCCUAUUACGAACAGGCAUUCCAACACUCCUCUUUCCGCUGGGUCAGCUUGGAGAAGAAAGAGAUUCUGGCGGGCUGUUGUGUCUUCGCGGCCUGCCGGCAGCACAACUGGCCCCUGACCAUGGGCUCCAUCUGCUCACUGCUCUAUGCAGAGAAGGAGCUGUUUGCCAAGACCUACCUGAGCUUCUUGAAGGAGCUGAAACUGGAUGUGCCAGCUCUGAGCUUGGUAGAUCUGGUGAAAACCCACCUCGGCAGCUUUCGGCUAUUCCAGGACUCGUCCAGUGUCCCAAGCAAGUUUGUGGAGGACAUGGAGAAAGUGGCGGCCAGGACGGUCGAGGUGGUGGAGCUUGCCAGUGAGGCGUGGCUGGUGACCGGCCGGCACCCCAUCCCCAUCGUCACGGCAGCUGCCUACCUGGCAUGGCAGUCUUUGCGUCCUGCCGGUCGCCUCACUUGCACCCUCUCCCAGUUCUGCAAGCUCGCCGGUACGGACCUGCCGCCGCCAGCUCACCAGCGGUUGAAGGAGCUUCUGGACAUCCUACUCAGGAUGGCCUCCGAGCUCGCCUGGUUGCGAGUUCUCAAGGUGAAUAAGAAGAGCGUGGCGAAGUACAUUGCGGACCUGCUGCGGCAUCGCCGCCUGCUCCUGCAAACCGCCUUUUGCACGGGGGACUCCGCCGCAGAGGACUGUUUAGGAGACUCGGCAGCAGAACCGCCGCAGGCCACAGAUGCAAAGACUGAUGCUGAGACAGAAAGGGCUUCUGUUUCUGGAGAGAAGGGCCAGCGCAGCAGCAAACGACCCCCCUUGCUCCCGCCCUGCAUGCUUAACCCCAGAAAGAAGCAGCGAACAGUCGCUCCUUCCUCAGAGCUCUUAGUCACUGGAGACGAGCCCAUUUUGGAUAGCGAAAUAGAGCAAUACCUUCGGACCCCAGAAGAAAAGGAGAGGUUCUGCAAGGCCCGAGCCUUCCUGUGA